AGCUGACUGUUGUUUUCGUUAUGUUGUGUUGGAACAAGAAACCAAACAAAUUAAAACCAAUUUAAUAAAAAGAAAAAUAAUCGUUUGUAAAAUUUUAUUUAAGAGCUUAAUUAAAAAAUGUCUCUUACUUUGCUUUUAGAGAAAUAUGAUGUUUCCACAGAAGAGGGUCUACAAAAAGCCAUAACAGAAAUUGAAAAAGAAGAGGCAGAAGUGGAUGAAGCGCUUUCGGACGUAUUGUCCCGUGCCUGUUCCCUGGAGGGGAGGCUGCGGACCGCCAGUCAGGCGUACACGAAGCUCGGAGAAGUGAAGGCUGACGCCCAAGUGGCCGCAGACAUGGUGGACAAAACUGCAGUGCUCGCGAGGGAUGUCAGCGCUAAAGUGCGGCAACUUGAUCUGGCCAGGUGCCGUGUGGCUGAGUGUCAGCGGCGGGUGCACGAUCUGAUAGACCUCCAGCUGUGCAGCGCGGGGGUGGAAGCUGCUAUCAAAGCCCAUGAUUAUGAGACAGGAGCGGCGCACGUGUCCCGCUUCCUGAGCAUGGACCCGCGCUCGCUGCACGCGGCCCGCGCCCGCGGCGCGCCCUCCGCGCCCGACCCGCGCCGCGCCAUGGCGAAGGCGGCCGACACGCUCAGGGAACAUCUCGUCACCAGGUUCCAAGAGGCGUCAAAGAAGGAAGACGACGCCGCUAUUGAGCGUCUGUUCAAGUUGUUCCCGCAAAUCGGACGAGCGGAGGAGGGAGUCAAUCUCUUGGCCAAAUACUUGGCUCGUCAGGUUGAGGCCAACAUUCGUCGCGCCAGCGUGGUCUCCAACACCGGACCAGCCGUGUACGCUGAAGCAUUGACUCGAGUCCUGGAGAUAGGUGGAGCCGCCGUGGAACGAGUGAGGAAACUGGCCACUGGUACCCCGGGCCUCCUCAAUGCUGCCAUUGUGAUCAUACAGCCUGUGGUGUGCGCCGGAGCCUCCCGAGUGAGCGCCGCCCUCCGGAGCGCCCGCGCGGACGUGCUCAGCCCCGCGGGCUCCAAGCGGAACGCCCUGGCGGCUGAACCUGUUCUCCUCGAACUGGCGCUGUGUCUCAACAGAAUUAGGCUGUAUUUCGACUUCCUCACCAGGAAAGUGGAGGCCGAUGCGUCAACCCUGGAUGAAGCGAAUCAGAAGGCGGCUUCAGAACAAAUUGAGAAGACGAUCGCCAAGUGCGAGCUGACGAGGACUGCGCAAGACCUGCUGGGGCAGUACUUAGCUUUAGAGAGAUUCUUCUUAGAGGAGAGCGUGAACAAAGCGCUGAAGCUGGCCGCGCCGAGUGCGGGCGCUGUGACCUCGAGCCUCGUGGACGACGUGUUCUUCAUCGCCAGGAAGGUCAUCAGACGCAGCAUCUCCACGGGCAGCGUGGACGGCGCGUGCGCGGUGCUGAACGAGGCGGGCGCGCUGCUGGAGCGCGCGUGCGCGGCGCUGCGCCGCUGCGUGCGCGCCGCGCCGCCCGACGCGCUGCCGCUGCCCGCGCCGCCCGCGCGCGGCCCGGCGGAUGCGGCGCCCGCGCUCGCGCUCAACAGCCGGCUCAACAGGGAUGUGGAGGCGCAAAGGAGUCUGUUCUUGGCGCACAUGAACGAAGCGGAAGCGGGCGGCGAGUGGGCGGAGCGGCUCGCGGCCGAAGCGGUCGCCGAGGCCGCGCCGCUGUGUCGCUCGCGGCGGGAACUCGACAAGCUGCAGUCGUGUGCCGCGGGCCUGGGUUCCGCCGCAGCGGCGUUCGUGGCUGCGCACGAGUUGUCGCUGGCGGCGCUGGCGGCCGCUCUCAAGCACAAGGUCGUGGCGUGGGCCGAGUACCUCGCCGACCCGGGCCGCGAUGGUGAUGAAGCGGAAGAUGAUUGCGACGCGGGCGCAUUGCCACAAGCUCUGGAGACGCUGAGCGAAGCCGCGAGGCAGGCCUUGUCUGCGAGCUCUGCGGAGCGCCUGCUGUCCGCGCUCGUCAGCGAUGUGGCCGCCCGGGCCGAGGCCAGGGUGCUGCUCCACCACUACACCAGGAUGGGCGGAUUCCUGGUGGAGCGCCGAGCUCGUCGCCUCGCGGCGUGGUGCGGCGGCGGCGCGGCGGCGGCCCGCGAGCGCUGCGCUCGGCUGGCGGCGCUGGGCGCGCUGCUGGCGCUGGACAGCGCUGCGCACGCGGCGGACGUGCCGCACAAGCUGGGCCCGCAGCUCGUCAGGGACGUGCUCGCCAGGAGAAUUGACUUCAAAAUAGAAGACAUCAAAAGAUUGAAACUAUAAGCGGAAUCCGUCAAUUUGCAUUUAAUUUUAUUAUUAUUGUAAUACGAAAUGUUUAAUAAAUUAUAUUAUAUAAUAUAUUAUGAAGGUGAAUAAAACAAAUUAUAUGUCUAACAAGUUUUAUUUUAAAAUACAUUACGGCAUUAAUAAAAUACUGAAAAAACAUAGCUAGCUUGAACAUAACCUAUUAUUUAGAUAGAUAAACUCUUUAUUGCAACAUAAGAGUAUAACACACAAAACAGCACAAAAGAGACAGAGAUGGUACAAAGGCGGACUUAUCGCUAAUGCCAUCCCUUUCAGUCAACUUUAGCGUUAAUAUACUAUAUUAUAUAUUUAAACUAGACAGUGGAAAAAUAUUCAACAUCAU